CCUCUUCCUGGUCAGCUGGUGUGUUGCAAACUACCUAGCAUGAGCAGUUUGCAGGCAUGGCUAGCGUGACGCUAGUUAGUGAGUGGAAUAUGUCCUUGGAAUUGUUACUUGUUUAGUUUUUUCACUCCAUGACUGUUAAAUUGUUGUGUCCGUUCGUUGAGUCUAGCUAUAAAAAAUACAUUGAGUAUAACAAACACGUAUUCCCUAUUCCGUGAACUUAAGAAACAAGUAUCUGAGGACAGUUAGCAGGCUAGCGUCACAGAAACUCAAAAUGUCUGGACCAGAGUUGCUUUUAGAUUCCAGUAUUCGACUUUGGGUAGUCUUACCGAUUGUUUUCAUUACUUUUUUCGUUGGUGUCAUCCGUCACUAUGUCACACAACUUUUGCAUAGUGACAAAAAAGUGGAUCUUGAGCAGGUAUCUGACAGCCAAGUGUUAAUGAGAAGCAGAAUCCUGCGAGAGAAUGGAAAGUACAUACCCAAACAGUCAUUCGCUAUGCGAAAGCAAUACUUCAACGACACAGAAACGGGCUUUUUCAAGAAAGUCAAGAGAAAGGUUGUGCCUAAAAACCCCAUGACUGAUCCGAGUAUGGUGACGGACAUGAUGAAGGGCAACCUGACCAAUGUGCUUCCGAUGAUCAUGAUUGGCGGAUGGAUCAACUGGGCCUUUUCAGGCUUUGUCACAACAAAAGUUCCCUUUCCCCUGACCCUGCGCUUCAAGCCCAUGCUUCAGAGAGGAAUCGAGUUGUUGUCACUGGAUGCUUCCUGGGUGAGCUCAGCAUCAUGGUACUUCCUGAACGUGUUUGGGCUGCGCAGCAUGUACAGUCUCAUCCUCGGGCAGGAUAACGCUGCCGACCAGUCGAGGGUUAUGCAGGACCAGAUGACUGGGGCUGCGAUGGCGAUGCCACCUGACCCCAACAAGGCCUUCAAGAGUGAAUGGGAGGCGUUGGAGAUUGUGGAGCAUAAGUGGGCACUGGAGAAUGUUGAAGAGGAGCUGAUGUCGCAGGACCUUAACUUCAGAGGCCUCUUCAGCUCGGAGACCAAGCGAUCCGGAGUCUUCUGAAGAUUCUAAAGCCAUCAUUCUAAAGAACGUCAUCUGGUACUCUGAAUGAGACUGCUCAGUUGGGACCUGACUAAGUCCCCUGUGGAAAUUUUGUGGCCUCCUGAAUGCCGACAGAAUGUUCACUGAAAAUGUCUUAACGUACGAGAGGAUUGUGAUGGAAGUGAGGUAGAAGGCAAUGCUGGCAAAAGAGGGAUGCGUAAACAUCCAAAUCGGUGCAGCAAAAACACACCAGCUGAUCAUUACAUUCAAAUAACACCAUCCAAGUUUUUCACAACAUUCAUUACAAAUUCAGAAGGUGUUAGUUGUCCUAUGCUCUUUUCAGUAUUUUAUAUUCUAUUUGUUUAGAGAGGUCAUAGAGUAAAAGCAUAAAUCUGUUUCUCAAAAAAAAAAAUGUUUUUCCAUAUGAAUAUUUGACUUUUGCACCUUUUUAAAUUCUGUGCCAAAAUGAUCUCUAAUAAUCUACUUCACUGCUGUAAUUAAAUAUGCCUGAAUCUGAGUGUCCCCCAUUCUCCUCGUUACUACUGAAAGUUGAAAUUUGUCAAUGUUUUACAUAUUUAAUAAAAAAAAGUAUAAUACCUGUGGACAUCCUAAAGCUUUUGUCAUGGGUAUCAUUGACAUGGUUGGAAGGCAUGAUUAAGCGGCGACUGUUCAAAAUAUUGUGUUGAAAGUGGGAUUUUUUUAAAUAGCAUUUUUUAUUUACAGUUUAUUGACUUUGUACAGUGUGAAGCAUAAUGGCAUCCCAUUACACACACAAAAAUAUUGUUACAAUGCAUUCAUAUCAUAUCCUGUGAGAAAAAACAGUGCACAUUUGUACACCUCACCCGUAGAAAAGCAAAAGUGGUUAUGAAACUGUGCACCUAGGACCCAAUGCCCAUUUAUUACUAUCACAAGGAGUGUAUUGUUAAUGAAUAACAGAAUGAUCAACCGACUUUUAUUCCGUGGUCCAGAAUAGUUAAAUUAGCUGCAAUUUAACAGGUGAAACCAAAUCAGGUCAUUAAUUAAUAGGAAUAAACAAUUCUUCAGAAAAAAAAUUAAGAGCCUUUAAAAAUGCCCACACCUGAGUCGUUCUCCAAUACAUUUUGUGGUAGACUUGAGCUAGAUUCGACUGUUCUCAGUCUGUCUGAUCACAUGAAAGCUGAAUUUAUACUCAAUCUCGUCCUUAUCACACUGAUUUGUAGGCAGUACUUCAAACUUAAUCAAGUAGACAAUGAAAAGAAACAGAAGUUCUAGUGGAAAAGGUCCCCUGAAUAAACUACCAAAUAAUUCAAAAUGUUUGCUGGCGUCAUCACUGAAAUUAUAGAACAGCGACCCUCCUUUCUCACCCUAGUACAAAUGGAAGACAGGCAAGUUUAAGAACUUAGCUGAAGCCUCUUUGAUUACACAUCAGUGAACACUGAAUUUCAUUUUUUACAGCGUUAAAAAAAUAAAUCUGUAGGCCAUUUCAAGAUACAAAACUACAUGAACAACAGCUCCGUAUAAUGCAGACAAAAUGUGCGCCAAGAGAGUAUAGUUAUACAGUCAGUGCUCUCUACUUUUAGCGUGCUCUAGCCUAGAAUACUUGACGUGGGAGGUAGCGGUGGCAGCACCACUCAUGGCUGGUGGAGACAGAAGCAGAGAGACCCCAAUGAGGAAGCCUUGUCUAAUAUACAGCAACUUUGCCACACUCUGCUGUGCCAGGAAUGAGAUUUGCCAUACUGUGAUUCAUAUUAAUCAUCCAAGCCACAGAUUAAUGGUAUACAUCCGCUAGGAAAGUAAGUGAUGCUGUUUCGUUUAACUUUUCAAGCACUUAAGUGUGACGUACCUUUAAGCAUUUAGCAGUAUAUAUGUGAAGUUGAUACAGUUUUUAAACACACAGAUGUUGAGUUGGAACCAGAGCCAGCUUAUGAUUGCCGGUGUAAAGAAAAGAAUGUGUUGGCGUACACCUCUAACACCACACAAAGACCAGUUACCAGGGGGGUAUUUAAAGUAAGUGACUUAAGUUAACUCAGUAAGCCGCAAACCUGAUGAAAAGAUAAAAAAAAAACAUAAC